GAGCAUGACAGGCGAACCUCUAUUCAAUAUCUUAUACAAGGUAACUAGUAACCAUUUUCAAAACUCAUACUCAAUGUUACUCUGUCAGCAAGAAAUGAGGAUGUUUAUCCAGAAAGAAAUACUCAGAUUUCAGAAUUCGAGAAUAUUUAUUCUCUACUUUCACAGCAACGAUCAGGUAGGCUUGAUUAUCAACGCACAAGAUAGAUAUUCUAUACAACUGAACGAAAUUCAAGGAGAGAGUUCGUUUCAAAAGGUUCAAACGACAGGUCUCAAAAGGAACGACAGUACACAACAAAGUUUCGCAACGAUUCAAGAACGAUCAGAGUGGACGCAAGAUGAGCUGAGCACACAGGUUGACUGGUAUCUUUUUCAGGAUCGCCCAGACAAUUAUGGCAAGGUCUCAAGAGUUGAAGCAGGACUAGGUAGAUACUAUCCAAUCUUCUCUACUGAACAUAGCAUCCAACGAAGUUCUAUGACAAGUUCGAGCCAUUCAAGUAGUCUUUCGUCUCGACAAGAAUCCACAAAGACUCCUAGUCCACAUCAACUAGUCACCACAAGUGUAGACCCUAAAAAAAGUACGAAAGAAAUCAAAGCAACAGUUGCAAAACAAGGUUCGAACGAGUCACACGUAGGAGAAGAAGGAACUUCCCAACGAACAAAAAGGCGAGAACAAAUAGACGAGGAAGAACGAAAACGAAUGCGACUCAUUAAAAAUAGGCUUAGUGCUGAACGGUCGCGAAGAAAACAAAGAGAACGUUUAGAGGAAUUGGUGUACAGAGUAAAGUGCCUUCGACAACAAAAUUCUUUUUUAAAGCAAGAUCAUCUUGCUUUAUUAGGAUACAUUGAGAACUUGAAGACAUGCAUGAAGCAGAAUGGCAUUUUAGUUGAAGCCGUUCCUAUUCCAUAUCUACAUUAUCCAACAAGCGAGUGCUUAAUAGAACAACUUGGAAGAGUGAGUCUACAGUCUUUGAAUUGGAACGCUUUCUAAUCACAUAACAAAUCCCAAUUUUC